AUGUCGGUCUCGCCUUUCUUGCCAGGCAAUAGCAUCUGGUCUAACAACGCACCUUCGUCCCAGCAGGGUAGCUCUUCGCAGAAUGGACUAGGUGCUUCCUCCACCAGCGCUGGCAAUCAGAAUACCUUUGACGCUGGUCACUCCUUCACCACAUCAGAGCGCACUGAAGCAUCUCGCAUCGGCGCUCACCCUUUGCCAAACAAGCCUUCUGCGCCUGCUCGAAGCAACUCGGCCAUCUCGGCAAGGAGCACUGGGCCUGCUUCAGACGACGCAGUGCGUUCGGUAGACUCGGCCUUGUCUACUUCAGCAUUCCGACCUGGUCUGAUUGCAGGCGUCCGAAAUGGCGUCCGUGGCCAGAAGCAAACAGAGAUAAGCCGGUCCAACAGUCUUGCCGCCUCUGUUCAAAGCUUCCGUUCCGCCAGCUCGGGCUCACCACUUCCUGGCUACUCGCAGACUCUCAACACGCAUACCGGCAUUGGCAUGGCUCUUCACUCACCCUCUUUGCAAGAGAAUGGGCUGAACCUGCACGACCGAAGCCUCAAUACCAGUGGCGAAACAGAGUUCGGCACUCCACGCCUAUUCGUCGAUGCGCAGCACACUGCUGAUCAAAAUCAUCACACGGGCCCUGUGCAUCUCAACCGGACUCCUUCCACUUCCAGUCAAGGCAGAUCUCGACCUAAUUCCUGGAUGCACCCAGCAAGCCACGACAAGCCCUCAGACACGGCCCUAUCAAUGAACCGUGAUCAAAGCGACGCUGUCUUUCAACGACCUGCCAGCAGUCAGGGCAAUCACUCCGGCCUUACGCCCUCACAGAACGCCGCUGCCAAUGCUGCUUUCCACAGUGCAACACCCUCAAAACGCCUUUCUUCAGCACAGCUCGGUCCCGGUCCUCUCGAUGUCUCUAACAGCAGCGGCGCUUUCGACUCUUCAGAGCUACCCCAUUCUAGUCUUCUUAGCAACGCUGCUGGCAACCAAUCUUCAUCAGGACAGCAAUUCGGCUUGCUUGAACGGGGUAGUCGGGCAGACCGCAUGGCAGCAGCAGGGCGAGCUACUCCGACCCUGAUUGUUCCCAACUACAUGAACUUGUCCGGUGGCCUCCUUUCGCCUACUGCUGCUACUAAUGGGAGCGGCGGCCCCUCCGUCGUUCACUCACCCGUCGGCAGCCCACUAAGCGGAACUGGCUUCCACAACCCUCUGCCUCAUCGCUCUGUCUCGGCAGCACACAUCUUCGACAAGCAACCAAGCACCGCCGACGACAGCAUGAACGAGUCGCCCUUGAUCAAGGACAUGCUGGAAAGGCUGACUCGUGUCGAGAGUGGCAUGAAGGACUUCUCACGCCAAAUCUCAGGUAUAUCUCGUAACGUCUCGCUCCUGUUGGAACGAACAAAGGGCCUCCCUCCCGCGAGCCUAUCGAGCAAUGCCGGCAAUUCGUCCCAGAACACAGCUUCGACAGCAGCAGCCAGCGGCAACACGGCCGACGAAGUUCGUUCCCUCAACGCUCAAGUAAACGCCCUUGCCAACAGCGUGUCGCACCUGCUUACGUUGCAAGGAAACGGUCUAGGUGGUGCUGGCGUGGCUUCGACUCCCGCACUCAGCGGACUCGGACUCGGACCAACCAACGGCUUGCUUGGCACACCGCAGAUCGGAGGUCCCGGCGGCGGCCUCGAGCGUGCUACUUCUCCUCGUAUUGGAGGCAAUCCGAGUGGCCACUUCACUGCAGGUCCGAAUGGCUCCUUCCUCCCAUCCAACGCAAUGAGCCCGCGUCCUUCAGGCAAUGCUCGUGGCUGGAGUGGCUCGAAUGUGCGUGGACAUGAGCAAAGUGUAGACCGAAGAUGGAACUCUGCAGCACAGUCAGGAAGUGGUCGCAAAGACAACACAGCUGCUCAUGGGAUCUCAAUUGCUACAGGUAUCCCCUCUACUCCGAGUCUCGAAGAUGGCCCCGGUGGAUUCGCUGGACCCCUCGCGGGAACGGGCUUCACUCAGCCCAAUGCUAUCGUCUCCAAAUGGGAGCAUCUCAAUCUUCAUCCCGAUCUCUUGCGCUCCAUCCUCAAAUACGGUCUUGGUCCACCGAACAAGAUCCAGCAACGUGCUCUGCCGUUCCUCUUGCGAGGAAACGACAUUAUUGCUCAAGCUCCUCCGACACAGGAGCGAAUCGCAUCGUACGUGAUUCCGUCUUUGCAGCUGGUGUUGAACGUGCUCAACGAGACUGGCGGGCCUGGACAAACCGCUUCGAAUAGGGGUCCAAUUUCAUUGGUCGUCUCCACCACUGUGGAUCAAGCUACACAAGCACAGCGGAUGGCUUUGGGCCUAGGGGCACCUCUUGGCAUCCGCGUGCACAUGGUGGCAGCCAGUAGCAUUGAUGUCCACCAGGAAGCCCAAAACCUCGUUCAGGCAUGGCCGCACAUCGUCGUAGGCACUCCACAGAAGAUGAGCGAGCUCUUUACCUACAUGACGAACAAUGCUUCUUCGCUCCACAUGCACGGCACCGGGCCCGGAUCGACCGUCAUCAAGCCAAGCGAGGUCAGGCUGGUUGUCCUUGACGAAGUCGAUCAACUCAUUGCUCGCAACCUGGCCGACCACGUCAGCACCAUGCUUCGGGUGCUGCCUCUGCCCACGGCGCCUGCAGGCGCUGGCGCAAGGGCUGCUGGCGGUCUGAACCCUGGCCUGCCUCAAGGCACCAACAAUGCCAUCUUCUCGCCUUUUGAGCAGACGCACGACAGUCCUGGAGGGCCUGCCAGCGCUGCAGCGACCAUUGACCGUCAAGUAGCACUCUUCUCCAACACUGUUCCGCAGGAUGUGCUCAAUUUUGCACAGUCCAUCCACCUUCGCGAGUCCGUUCGUGUGCUCGUUCGUCGCGACGGCGCUGGAGGUGCCGGCAGCAGCAUCAUGCAGCCAAAUUCGAGUGGUGCUCAGAACAGUAGUGGACCUAAUGGUCAAGGCUCAGGAAUGCAAGCGAUGACAUCUCAGCGCGAUAUGUCGCAGCCCACAAACGCCCUCGGAGCCCACCCAGUGAACUCCAGCGUCAGCACUGCCAAAGAUCCUACUCUUGCUGCGCUCAAAGGUCUGCGUCAGUACUACCUCUACGUAGCCGUGACUUCCAACGGCGGAAUGGGCGCCGCAAGUCCUAUCCCUGGUCUCUCUCACAACUCAGCAGGCGAGAUGAAGCUGGACCUCAUCUCCGACUUGCUUGAAGACAUCGACUUUGGUCAAACAGUCAUCUACUGCGCCAACGUCGCAACGCAAGAAGCGCUCAUCUACAAGCUCUCUUCGAAGGGCAUUGAAGCUCUUGGCCUCAAUCGCGAGAUGAACUCGUACACUCGUCAGCAGACGCUUGCCAAGUUCCGUUCGCCUUCCUCGCAGUUCGGUACCAACAACAUGAUCAGCAGCGCUACUUUCGCUCAGCCUGGUGGGUUCGUAGGUGUCAACGGUGGUGGUCGUACGCGUAAAGCCCUUGUUGUUUGCGAAAUGUCUGUCCACCCAAAGGAGGUUCACCAAAUCCCACUCUUGGUGUUCUACGACAUGCCACGCUCGGUCGAGGACUACAAAGAUAAGAUCAGCUGUGCUGCGGCGGGCGCCAUGGCUAGACCGAGCGUCUGCGUCAAUGUCGUUACCGCGAGUGGUGGACCGAGGGGUGAUAUCGAGAUGUUGAGGACACUCGAGUGCCAUCUAGGUUGCAAAAUGGCCGAGCUGCCCAUGGACCCCAAGAACAUUCUUAACUUCUGA